AUGGAUGACAUUAUGACAGAUGCGCAACAGGACUACCAGGAUGAGCACAUGGAGCAGAAGAUUCUCAAUGAGGAGUAUAAGAUGUGGAAAAAGAACGCCGUCUGGUUAUACGACCUGAUGUUUGCGCGGGCCUUAGAUUGGCCCACCCUGACCACGCAGUGGUUGCCUGACAAGAGAGAGGUCCCCGGAACGAAUCUCAGCCAGCACCGCCUACUCUUCGGCACCUUCACCGCCAAUGGCGCCCAGAACUACCUCCAGAUUGCCUCGAUAGAAAUACCAGAAGGCAAAGCGCCAGACCCUGCCGACUAUGACGAACAGCGUGGGGAGAUUGGAGGCUACGGCAACGCGAAGAAGGCCUUCACCUUCAACAUUAUCCAGAAGAUCAACCACCCCGGAGAAGUCAACAAGGCUAGAUACCAGCCGCAGAACCCGAACAUUAUCGCCUCGUAUGCCGUAGAUGGCAGGAUCUUGAUCUUCGACAGGACCAAGCACAGCAGCAACCCGAAAUCAGAUGGCGUCAUGCAGUUCGAGAUGGAGCUUCACGGACACACAGACGAAGGCUUUGGACUUGACUGGAGUCCGCAUACAGAGGGUCAGCUGGCAACGGGAGGCAGCGACAACACUGUCCGUGUGUGGAACAUCAAGGACGGCUUCUCGCGGGACAAACGGCAGAUCGAACCUCAACGCACCUACACACACCAUGCCUCUAUCGUCAACGACGUCCAGCACCAUCCCAUCCACCAUAUGUGGAUCGGAACCGUCUCCGACGACCUGACCCUCCAAGUCAUCGAUACCCGCAACCCUUCGAACAAGAAAGCGCUCUACAAAAAAGAUGCCCACACCGACGCCGUCAACUGCAUAGCCUUCCAUCCCAAAUGGGAGCCCAUCGUCGCGACCGGCUCAGCCGACAAGACCAUCGCGCUCUGGGACCUCCGCAACCUAAGCCGCAAGCUACACGCCUACGAGGGCCACAAAGACGCCGUCAUGAAGCUCGAAUGGCACCCAACCGAGAUGUCCAUCCUUGCGAGCUCCAGCUACGACCGCCGCAUCCUGAUGUGGGACGCCAGCCAGAUCGGCGAGGAACAGACGGAGGAGGAGGCAGAGGACGGGCCACCGGAACUGCUGUUCAUGCACGGUGGCUUCACGAACCGCAUUUGCGAUUUUAGCUGGAACAAAAACAACCCGUGGACGAUGCUGGCGAGCGCGGAGGAUAACCUGAUCCAGGUCUUCACGCCGGCUCGCACGUUGGUCAAUGUGGCCAAGCCGAGGGUACCCCACAAUGAGGUUUCGGAGUAG